AUGAUAUCUCCAUCACCGAAGGAAAUUGGUGGACACGAUGGAAAGGGAAUUGGUGGCAUUGGAGAUGGUGGUAUUGGAGGUGGUGGCAUUAAAGGCAUUGGAGAUGGCGGCAUUAAAGGCGGUGGUAUAGGAGGUGGUGGUAUAGGAGGUGGUGGCAUUGGAGGUGGUGACAUUAAAGGUGGUGGCAUUGGAGGUGGUGGCAUUGGAGGCGGUGGUAUUGGAGGUGGUUCCGUCGUAGAAACUUGUCCUCGACCCUCCCCUGAGGCCGUAAGAUGCCUGAAACAGUGGGCGUGUCAGGAAGUCCUUCGCGUGGAUCUGCGCUGCCUGCUAAAUAUAAAUAGACAUAGCUUGCUGGGCAACCUGGUAAAGGUGCCUGGCAUAACGGGCGGUACAGCCGGUGGUCACGGUGCACACGGUGCUCACGGUGGUGGCAUUCUAAGCGGACUGCUGACUGGCUAG